AGGACACUGUCUAUUUUAAUUAUCUGUGUUGGUUGCAAUCCUAUGUGAAGCGAUCUAGCAAUCUCCUUAACCUCAAUUAUUGAGUUUAUUUCUGAGUAGGUAUAAAUGAUAUUUUACAUUUAGAUAUAAUUCUGGAAUUCAUGCUUCUGUUCAAUUCUGGGGUACUAGUCCGAGAAAAAGUUUGAAUUCAUGAGCAAAAAAAAAAUAAAAUAAUUCUAUUGAUAUGGUUCCAUGGGGCAAGUAAAACAUAUUUAAAUAUCAUUACAAAUAAACAGAAUAUUGGAAUAGAUCCAACAAUUCACCCUUUGAACAGAAUCUACAAAUUAGCUGGAAUAGUUCUUAACCUUAGCAGAUUGAUAUCCAAGCAAUUCCAUAACCUCAUUGCUAUUGUAGAAGCCUUUGGGAAACCCAGCUGAAAGUAAAUGGAAACUACAUAAUGUGUAAAGCAUGGUGUCAGCCCUUCGGGGUAGGACUCCACAAGCAGAGUAGAUAAAAUUGAAUGUAGACAACCUAUCCUUGAGGACAAUCUUCUCCAAACUAAUGCUCCCAGUUGUGCUGGAAGUACUGCUCAAAGAAUUCCCAUUAUGAUGUCACAGUGCUUGCUGUUGGGAUCAUCAGCACUCCACAUCAUGUCCAUUCCUGUCAUUUGAAAUGGUGGUCAGUACAUGGAGAGUAGGCAUAUAUGACCAUCAGGAAAUAAAAUGUCAAGCAGAGGGAGUGCAAGCUCUGGCUCUCUGCCAUCAAAGAAAGGACCAGCAGUCAAGCCGAGCACCAAAUUUAGAGAAGAGGGAGAGUCAACUCCAAGGAGAAUAGUAAAGGAGACAAGAGCUGUUGUCAUAGAUAUUGGUACCGGCUCCUGCAAAUGUGGAUUUGCUGGAGAACAAAAGCCAAGCCAUGUGAUUUCAUCUACUGUAGGCAAGCAUAUCCAGGAGACAGCCAAAACUGGAGAUAACAGGAAGGAAACUUUUGUUGGAAGAGAACUUCAGGAAGCUACAGUACCCUUAAAACUUGUCAAUCCUUUAAGACAUGGAAUAAUAGUGGACUGGGAUUCUGUUCAAGAUAUGUGGGAAUAUCUUUUCCUUAGGGAGAUGAGGAUUCGACCCGAAGAGCAUGCUGUCCUAGUAUCGGAUCCUCCUCUAAGCCCUACUACCAACAGAGAAAAAUAUGCAGAAAUGCUCUUCGAAACCUUUUGCACUCCUGCUAUGCACAUUGCUUACCAGUCAAGACUGUCAAUGUAUUCCUAUGGAAAGACCUCAGGUCUCGUUGUGGAGAGUGGUCACGGUGUCUCCUAUGUUGUUCCCAUUUACGAAGGAUACACCAUGCCAAACAUUACUGAAAGAGUAGACUAUGCUGGAUUCGAUGUCACUCAGUACCUAAUGAAUUUAAUAAAUGAGAAUAUAAAAUUGUUCACAGAGAAAGACUGGAGUAUCUUAGAGGACAUCAAAGAAAACUAUUGUUUCACUUCACUGGAUUAUCAACAUGACGCAGCCGCAGCUCCCAGGAAACAUGAGAUUGAAUAUCAGCUGCCUGAUGGGCAAGUGAUCAUUAUUGGCAAAGAGAGAUUCUUAUGUGCUGAAAUGCUCUUUAAGCCAUCCUUGAUAAAUUCACAGCAAUUGGGACUUCCUCUCCUGACAAUGACUUCCCUCAACAAGUGUGACGUCACCCUAAAAAAGAACCUGAUGGGCAACAUCUUGUUAUGUGGGGGCUGCACCACGCUAAAGGGCUUUGCUGACCGCUUCCAGAGAGAGCUGAUUAGAAUGUGCCCAAACGAUAAUCCCAUUUCAUCAGCUUCUCCGGAAAGAAAAACAUCUGUCUGGACCGGAGGCUCCAUUCUUGCAUCUCUCAAGGCUUUCCAACAGCUCUGGGUUCACAGAAGAGAAUAUGAAGAAAAGGGUCCUUUUUACAUCUACCGGAAAUGUUUCUAAAUCCCCAACGGGAAUCUCCUCACCUAGAACAAUUGGAUGAAAUUUGGUUGAAGAAAAGGACACACUUUCCCUGCUACCCCUGUAAAUACCAAUCUGAAUGUUAUAUGGUCUGGGUGACAUUCUGUUCUCUGUGUAUUAAAAACUCAUUGCUGUAACAGUUAAAGAUAAGUGUUCCUUUUUUGGGUGCAAGUAACAACAAAAAGCAGAGAAGAUUAGUGCAUCAAGGAAAUCUUCCAAUUAGAUCAAGCAUGUCAAACUGCCGGCCCGCGGGCCAGAUGCGUCACACCGAAACCGCGCCCACCCUAUUGCCGACAAGGGGGAAAAGGUCCCGAUACGUCGCGCGACGUCAUGUGACGUCGUGAGUUUGACAUGCCUGAAUUAGAUGAUCUAGGCGGAGAGCCAGCAACUGCACUUCUUCAUUUAUUCACCCCAGAGUAAGCAUCACUGAACUGGACUGUCUUGAAUAAAUUAGGAUUGUACACUUGCUAUAAGUAUUCCUGAAAAUCGGUGUCUAUCUUACCAAAGUAAAAAAAAAAAGCAGAGUAGAAUAGACACUGUAGUUUUACUUCCCAGAGGGAUUGCUCUAAGUCAGUGGUUCUCAACCUUUCUAAUUCCGUGACCCCAUAAUACAGUUCCCCAUGUUGUGGUGACCCCCAAGUGGGUGUGGCCACCAAUAAGAGGGAGUA